AUAGCGCCGAUUGGCUGGUGGCUGAUAUGCAUCGCUGAGGUACUGAAAUUAGCGAGAGCGCAACAGAGUCUGGUUACCCAAUACAGAGACUGCGUUGAGGGUUUAAGACCAGCAUCACAGCGAGCGACUCAGAAAAAUUACUACCACCACCACAACCAGAAAUGUUACUGCAGUUCCAAUCAUCGCAUCACUUGAGUAUUUGCUAAAUAUUUCACUCACUUUCUCUUUGUGAGUUCGAGUUUGUUGAAGAAUUGCAUGAACAAACGAACUGCAAAGCUUUUUUUCCAGCGAAUAAUACAGGCAUACAAAAAUCAUACAUUUUUUGCUUUUGACAUUUGUUCAUCAUUUGUUCACCAUGGAGUACACUUCCUCCCCGAAGCCACAGCUUUCCUCCAGGGCUAAUGCGUUUUCUAUUGCCGCACUCAUGUCAAGUGGGACAACGAAGGGUAAGGAAACCGAGGAGAACACCAUUAAACCGCUGGAACAAUUUGUAGAAAAGUCCUCUUGCGGGCAGCCUCUGAACGACCUGUCGACUUUGGACCAGCACGGUGACUUUAGCGGAAACCCGUCUGCAGUGUGCACGGAGCCCCUCAUCCCCACCACCCCGAGCGUGCCCAGUGAGGAGAUGGCCAAGAUCUUGUGCAGCCUCGAAACCAAGGAGCUCUGGGACAAAUUUCACGAGCUUGGCACUGAGAUGAUCAUCACCAAAUCCGGAAGGAGAAUGUUCCCCACCAUACGGGUGUCUUUCUCUGGAGUGGACCCGGAUGCCAAGUACAUAGUUCUGAUGGAUAUCGUUCCCGUCGACAACAAGAGGUACCGAUACGCCUACCACAGGUCGUCCUGGCUCGUGGCAGGGAAAGCGGACCCCCCUCUACCUGCAAGGAUAUAUGUGCACCCAGAUUCCCCAUUUACCGGCGAGCAGCUACUGAAACAGAUGGUAUCUUUUGAAAAAGUCAAACUGACGAACAACGAGCUGGACCAGCAUGGGCAUAUUAUUUUAAACUCAAUGCACAAAUACCAGCCCCGGGUUCACAUCAUUAAAAAGAAAGAUCACACAGCAUCCCUACUCAACCUGAAAUCCGAAGAAUUCAGGACCUUUAUCUUUACUGAGACCGUGUUCACAGCAGUCACAGCCUACCAAAACCAGCUUAUAACCAAGCUGAAAAUUGACAGCAACCCCUUUGCAAAAGGAUUCAGGGACUCCUCCAGACUCACUGACAUAGAGAGGGAAAGUGUUGAGAGUUUGAUCCACAAGCACUCUUACGCGCGGUCGCCAAUCCGGACCUACGCGGGGGAGGAUGAUGGUUUAGGAGAUGAGAGCCACACAAUGCACAGCAGAGGUUCGGCUUUCACUGCAUCAGAUAACCUGUCCCUGAGCUCCUGGGUGACGACAGCCACUGGUUUCUCUGGGUUCCAGCACCCUCAGUCCCUGUCGGCCAUUGGCACCGGCACGGCGUCCAUCAGCAACACACUCCCUCAUCCCAUCCAGGGCUCGCUGCCCCCCUACAGCCGCCUGGGCAUGCCCCUUACCCCGUCGGCUCUGGCCAGCUCCAUGCAGGGAAGCGGACCCACCUUCCCCUCUUUCCACAUGCCCAGGUACCAUCACUACUUUCAACAAGGGCCUUACGCUGCAAUCCAGGGACUGCGCCACACCUCCACAGUGAUGACACCUUUCGUAUGACUGCCUCGAGGGGACACCGACUCUUGUUCAGUGUUUAAAUGAUCAAUUAAAAGGUAAUAAAACAAACAAUUUGACCCAGAGGAACUGGGACACGCCUCAUGAAAAAGAAUAAGUGCAUUUUCUGUCAAGGGAUUGUAUCAAUGUAAAAUACCCUUACCAAUGAUGUGCAUAGAAGAAGCAUGGUGUUCUCGCGUGAGGAGAACAGAAGAAACUCUUCCCACAACCCACUGUAAAAGUUGUGUCUCUUCACCCUGGAAAACUCUUUGCUGUUCAUCAGGUCAUAUUUUUUUUUGUUGUUGUUGUCAGGCUCUUCUGUGUGUACUCUUAGAAAAAACUAUAGAUUGUGCGCAUUUCAUUUGGAGUGGGAGAAUGACCUCCUUCAUCAGGAAUGGAGCUAAGCUUUGGACAGGCACUUCCAGAGACAAUUAAGUCACUUAACAGCUCUCCACAGACAGACAUUAAGUGUUAUUGUACAGAGCCUACCUGUGAACUGAACUGAAGGAUUUAAACACAACGGGAAGGUCACUGGAAACAAAAAAAGGACAAAAAAGAAGUUAGAUAACAUUAUAGAAUACAAAAAAUAAAAAUGCGUUUGCUGCAGGAGAUUUGUAUAUGGGCAAUUUUGUUAAAAUCAGAUGCACUACAGAGCACAUGCAUUAUUAUCAGCUAUCAGCCUGGUAUAAUGCGAAGCAUGUUCAAGCCUAAUGACCGAAGUAGAAAUGUAUGUUCACAUGUAACUCAUUUGCAUUUCUGCUUCUGUAAGUUUUUUAAGUUGAGUUUUUUGUUUUGUUUUGUUAUUCUAUCUUCUUUUGUAUGUCGUGGAACUCUCACAAAGAUCGCAGUCACUGGUGCCAGGCCGUCAUAUUUCCUUGUUAACAUUUUUUAAGCUCAGGCCAGGUUAGCAGUAUGCACUUCUCUAAAGCGGACACACAUAAUGCGAUUUUUAGUCCAUAUGAAGCCAGUCACUGUUUUAAAUACAAUUUCAGAUGGGCAGGUUCAAAGACUGGAGUCCUGCUAAUCCUGUAUUGGUGGAGCUCCAGCAAUACCUGAAAAUGUUGAGAACAUCAACACUUUGCUCUGGACAUUUAUCCAGACAACAAAAAAGACAAAAACAAAAAAUAACACACACCUGACUUUGUUGUAAAUCGAAUGAAGUCAGUGCGUGUCCAUUUUAUCUACUGGGAUUAACAGACCCAAAUACACAAGCUACUGUUGUGAUAGUGAAGGCAUGUUUUACCCAGCAAAUCAAUACAUUUUAUAUACAAGGUUAGGUGUACAUAUUUGUGAGCUAGACAACAAUGGCCUUGCAUCAGAGGUUUUAUAUAACAAUAUAACUAGGCAUUUUUUUUUGUGAAUUUUCAUAAUCUUGUCCUAGGUGUGUAGCAGGAUACUAAUCAUUUACAAAUACAGUAUGAUCACAAGUAUUUGAACACUUCCCCACCUACAAAUUUGGUAGUUUUGGCAUUCUACCGAUGCUUCCUAGUCUAAAAGACACACUUUUUGUCAUAUAUUAAAAUUAUACUUCAGUCUAAAUGUUUGAGUGUCAGGCUGACGUUUCAUUAGCGAUGCUCAGAAGUGUGGAUCUCUUGAACUGACAAUCAGGGCAGUAAGGACUCUCUCUUCACUGUAUCAGACUCUUUGGAAAUAUAUAUCUGGUCAUAAGAGUAAAACAAAUGUUAACCUAUAGGUGGGGUUCAGGGGGCGGAGCUAGGCACCAACAACCUAUCCUCUGCUGUCAUCAAUUAAAUCUACCUUAUUUAAACAUUAGUCACCUCUACCUCGCUGUCUUGUGUUUUUUCGUUUCCUCCUCCUCCCUCCUCCUCCUCUAGCAUCUCAACUGCCUUUGCAUUGGUCUCCUCUGGGGGGUUAGUGAUUCCACUUUCUUCAACCCUUUGUUAAGCUCCGCUUCAUUUACCUCAUAGAGGAGGGUUCUCCAUGAGUCAGAGGGGACCCUCGGCCAAACCCUUCCAUCUGCAUGUAUGUUUCUUUUUAGGAUUCUUCUUUCAGGUCUGAUGCCUCUAUGUGAGGGUCCCCAAGCGGUGGCAUCCCUCGUGUUUGUCGGGUCUCCUCAAAGACGGUGGCCCCUCUCCUGUUUGUCGGGUCUCCUCAGCGACGGAACCCCCCUUCUAUUAUGUUGGGCUUCGAAGAGGCGGCACACCAUGCAUUAUAUGUUUUAACAAAUACUAACUUUAUGUUUUCUUUCCGGUUCACGAGCCUCUUCGUAUGUCGGGUAACCUCAGAGACGGUGCCCCUCUUGGUAUGUUGGGUCACCUCAAAGACGGUGGCCCCCCUCCUGUUUGUCGGGUCUCCUCAGCGACGGAACCCCCCUACUGUAUAUGUUGGGUCAGGAAGAGCCGGAACCUCUUUUGUGUUAUUAAUACUAAUUCAUGUUUUUCUUUCCGGUUCACGAGCCUCUUCGUAUGUCGGGUAACCUCGGAGACGGAGCCCCUCUCGUAUGUCGGGUCACCUCAAAGACGGUGGCCCCCCUCCUGUUUAUCGUGUCUAUCGAUCAAGUAAAUGUUGGGCCUUGAAGAGGCGCAGCCCCUCUCUCCAUGUGUAUAUGUUUACUAACUCUGUCAAUAAACACUAUCAGGUGGCAUAGCUCCUCCCCAUGAAUUGGUAGUUGUACAGUAAAAAUGUGCUUUCUGGGUACGUUAUGAAUGUUAAGAAAUGUGAAAAAUAUUUACAUUAUUUACCCCCCUCUCAAGAAACAUGAAGUAUACUACAAGUAUAUUGACCAUGCAUGCCAUCACACCAAUUGUACUCGGCAAACUGCUUUUCACAAGGGAUGUUCUGCACACAUUUUUUUCUUUAGUUUACGACUUUUAUUGUGCUGCAUUACAAUGGUUUAAUUUCAAGGAAAUAUAUUUUUCUAAAGGCUUCUGCUUUUAAAACACAGGAAUGAGGGACACACUCUGAUGCUCCACAGCAUUCUUUCAGCCAGAUGAAUGUUAUACCUAUCAACUGGAAUGUACAGUACCACUGAUGUUCUGCAAAAUUACUGUUUCACCAAAUCUGUGUUUAGAUAUACAGUACGAUGAGUAUGGGAAGCCAAAUGAUCAUUUAGAGAUAUCGCUAAACAUCUGAAGUAUCUCAAAAUCAUUUUAAGAUAUCAAAAAUAGAUAUAGAGAUCGAUAUCUUGAAUUGUUUUCCAGAUAUCUUAAAAUAUAUGGAUAAAUAUGAUAUGUCGAAUUCAUUUUAAGAUAUCUGUAAAUCAAUUAGAGAUAUCAAAACAUGAAAAAAAGUUAUCUCAAAUUGAUUUACAGGUAUCUUUAAAUAAUACGUAGAUAUAUGUAAUUAAUGUGGAUUUUACUAGAAUGGUAGGCAAACUCAUGAUUUAGAGAUAUAUGUAAAUAAACAGGAAGUCAUUAUAGAUAUCUCCAAAUGACUUCCUGUGAAAAUGCUCUAUGUUUUGAACAGACUGCAUGUCUAGAGAUAUCUUUAAAUGAACAGGAAGUUAUUUCGAGAUAUCUUAAAUAAUUUAGAGAUAUCUUUAAUGGACAGAAAGUCAUUUAGAGAUAUCUUAAAACGAUUUAGAGAUAUCUUUAAAAAAGCUUACACUUUAUUUAAAUAGAUAUUCAAUUGCAUUUUAAGAUAUCUCUAAAUGACAGUUUGGCGUACCACACUAGCAAAAUCCAUAUGGUUUACAAAUAUCUACAUAUUAUUUAAAGAUAUCUGUAAAUCAAUUUGAGAUGUCUUUGUGUCAUGUUUAGCUAUCUCUAAUUGAUAUUUAUAACUUAAAAACUGCAUAAUGCUGAUCUCUCAAAAUGUUUUAAAGAUAUCUGUAAUUCAAUUUGAUAUAUCUUAAAUGUUUUACAUAUAUCUCUAAAUAUUUUAAGAGACAUUAAAUUGCUUUUUAAGAUAUCUCUAAAUAAUUUGGCUUGCUAUAGAUAAGUAUCAUGUAUUCUGUAUAAUAUAUUUAGAAUUAGGUGAUUGUUUUUUAAAGUGCAAUAUAUUUAUUUCUGCUCUAAAUUGAUAAACGCAUUGUUAUGUAAUAUUUGAAGCAUUAAACGAAUAAAUGUUAUU